CCUCUGUCGCACCGGCUUCUCUCUUGUCCUUUAUUGCACGAGCCAUUUAUUGUCUAUAAAUUACAUGUUUUUCUAACUGUUGCUCCUGGGACACGGGGAUCAGCAGAUCGUUUUGUGCAGUCUUUCCUCAGGUCUUGCUUUGCUAAGAAGAUGCGCUCUCUGGACUCACUUCACUGAUGGUCGUGAGCGUCCAUCAUAGGCCCUACUCUCCGUCCGAUUACUGGAGCUAGUUCCUUAUAUGAAAAUGAAAUUUAGUUGCGGUUCACGGAGGUGUUUUUAAGCGUUAAGGUCGAGACUGCCAUUUGAAAAAAUGAAGAUUUGGAGCACGGAACAUGUUUUCAGUUACCCAUGGGAGACUGUGAUCAAGGCUGCCAUGAGGAAGUACCCUAAUCCCAUGAACCCUAACGUGGUCGGGGUGGACGUGCUGGACCGCAGUCUGGAUCAAGAGGGACGCCUGCACAGCCACAGACUCCUCAGCACAGAGUGGGGCCUCCCGGGCAUUGUGCGAGCGAUACUGGGAACCAGCCAUACACAGACGUAUGUGAAGGAACAUUCCAUAGUAGACCCAGAGGAGAAAAAGAUGGAGCUGUGCUCAACAAAUAUCACUCUUACCAACCUGAUUUCAGUGGAUGAGAGACUCCUUUACACACCACACCCAGACAACCCUGACGUUACCGUCCUGACCCAGGAGGCCAUCAUUACAGUCAAGGGAGUGAGUCUAAGCAGUUACUUGGAGGGGAUGAUGGCUAGGAGAAUGUCAGCUAAUGCCAGAAAGGAGUGCAGUUCUACAGUACAGUACCUUCCCUGGCUACACCUCAUACACCACUGUGGAUUCUCAGCAUCUCGGGAUCCUCUGCAGUUGGUACUUAUAUCGUCUGGGAGGUUUUGUGGAUUUUCACCCCACACUGCCUCUCUCACCUCUGGAGCGCAUGCACUGAGAGCUCAGACACUGAAAUGCUGCCAAAGCUGAAUGGUUAUCAAAGCAUGUUAGCAUUGGAUUUAAAGGUUGUUGGUUAAAGUCUGGUAGGGGUAGCUCAAUGCUUACUAAAGUACUCAAUAACCCAUUAACAACUAUUCUAAUUAAAGCAGGUGAGGAGAAAACAACAGUUUCCUUCCAUGUGUAAAACAACCUUUUCUGUUGAAUAAAAAGAAGGUUUAAAAUUAAAGGGUGCUGCUGUCAAGAGCUCAACAUCAUGAGCCCGCCAGACUUUACUGGUUCAAAUAUAGUAUUACUACCCUACAUUUCCUUUGCUCUCAUUUUAUAUCUUAGCAUACUGUGGAAGAGAUGCUGAAAAGGGAUGCAGGAGGAACACGCACACUAUUUUUUUAGGAAACAAUGUAAUGACAAUAUGCAACAAACUUCAUAACUUUGAUUUGAACAGAUGUAACUCUUCUGUAAUGUCAAACACUGGUGACUCCUAUAGCAGGAGUUCAAAUCAGAACGUUGUUAUUGGUGCUCAUUAUGUGUUUCAAGAGGCACAAACUGUAGAUAUGUUGCAUGAUUGUAGUAAAAACAAAUGGAGGAGGGGGGGUUUAUUGAAGAAAAUGAGUAGCGUGGUAGCUAGCUAGCUAGCCAUGUAGCUAGCUAUAAAAGUAGUAAUGCAGCUUUAGAUAGAUAGGAAUUCAAAGAAAUUCAAAUGUUUUAUCUCAGAAAAAAAAGAUGGGAAUGUACUGUUAACAUUGCCUUCUUUUUCUGCAGUCAAGGCAACAUUACACUUGCACGUUUUUGAUGUAAAACUGACGGGCAAUAUUGCCUUAAACCAGCAGAUUUGUAUUUGGGUUAAUGAGGAAGACGAGGAUGACUUUUUUUUUUUUGCAUUUGUGAUCAGUAUAGUACUCUCUUUGUGGGUAGCAUUACCUGUUUGUAUGGCCUUAAAAUUAUGUCUGUGUAUUAUUGCUUUGACAGCUGUAUCAUUCAUGCCUUUGCCAGUCACACACGUCAUGCUUUCAAAUGUUGAACUACUCUGUAAAAGCUACCUAUACAACCUGAGGAGCAGGUCAGUACUGUAUGUGCAAUGCUGCAGUGGGAGACGCACACACUUACAAUGACUUAUGUGCUAAAUCAUAAAGAAAAUACAUAAUUUUGUAUACAUAUUAUUUAUUUUAAAAACAUUGUGUAAGCAUCAGUGAAUUACAUUGUUUAUACUGUCUGAGUAUCAUGCAAAAAUGAGUUACAUUUGCUUUUUUAAAUUUUGUUUUAACUUCCGUCUUUGUCCUACUGCAAUGAUUAAAACAAUUGUUUGAGAAAAUGA